AUGUGUUUUGCAACCUUAUGCUCGAAAUCUCUACAAGUGACAUCAAGGGAACGUACAGAAGACUUCGGAGAAAAGGAAAGCCUUGACGGCAAGUGUCAGCUGUUGCUGUAUCAUGACGAAGGAUGGAAGCAGAUGGUGCAAGGAGACUUCUCCCUGUGCUGUGGAGCUGUUGUUCACUGCAGCGGGGUCUUUGAAUCUCAGGAGCAGGACAGGAUGAAAAAGGAGCCAAGGCUACGAAGCAUGCUCGUACGUCGGCUGAGAGUUGUGGAUUCUCCACACAGAGAGAUGAGCGAGAGCGGGGGGGUGCGGCAGCAUCCUCUGGUGGAGAGGAUAGCUCGUGAAGGGCACGUGCGCUCUUGUGAUGUUCAGCCUCUCUGCAAGCAGUGGUGGAGGGGAGCGUGUAAGGACGACGGCACGUGCUCGAGGAGACAUUUCUUCCUUGAUGAAGCCGAGCAGGGCAAGUACGACGCAUUGAAGAACAAGUCUGAGAGCAUGAGGACAAUAGAGAGUUUGAUCAAUGCCGACGAUCCUUUCCUUCACGCUGACAAGGCGUCCCGAUCCAAGUCUGACGCUCUCUUCGUGGAUUGGCUGGUGGGCACGUUCGGAGAGGAGGAGCUGAGGAGAGGAGUGGUGGAUGUGGCAGGGGGGAAGGGAGAGCUCAGCUUCUUUCUGCUGCAUCGCCAUGGCGUUGGAAGUUGUAUCGUUGACCCCCGGCCUGUUCGUCUUACCAAAAGUGAGAUGGGGGCGAAUUGUGUGCGAUUGAUAUGA